AUUAUCAUAAGUUUAAGACAGACGUAAGGCCUCUAGUUAUUAUCUUAAAAGUUUUUUUUUAUAUAGGAAAUGUUGAAGAAACCGAAUUACUUGUAUGCUCCUACGAAUCUUGAAGUGCCGAUGAAUAUAAACUUUGGCGAAUAUUUCUUGGACACUCUUCUGAAACAUGCAGACAGGACAGCAUUUAUAGACGCAAUAACCCAUGAGACGAUCUCAUACGGAGAGAUAGCUCAGAAUGGGAUGAAUCUUGCCGUCUCACUUGCACGUAUGGGGGUGAAGAGUGGGGAUAGUGUUGCCAUAUGCACUGAAAACCGACUGGACUUCUGGCCUACCCUUCUGGGCGCGAUGUUGUCUGGGGCCAGUGUGUCCCCUAUCAACCCUAUGUAUACUAGAGAUGAGAUUAAACACACCUUAGGAAUAUGCAAGCCGAAGAUAAUUUUCUGCUCUCCCGCGGCUCACAAAGCGCAUGAAACGAGCAUCAAAUCAUUCAACCUAAUCAGAAUAGCUGUGUACCAAGAGAAGAUCCCUAACACCUACUUCUUCAAGGAUUUGAUUUCGAAUAAGGUUAGAAGAGAAGACUUCUUACCAGUGGAAGUGGUGGGUCAGACAGCUACGUUGAUGAUCUUGUACUCUUCUGGGACGACUGGGCUGCCUAAGGGAGUGCAGAUUACACAUUACAAUGGUGUGGUCUGCUGUUCUAUACAGAAAGCCCCGGAAGGCCUGGACCCCAUGACAGUUCUCUCCGUAGCCCCCUGGUUCCACACCAUGGGGCUGUGGGGCACCGUGGGGAACCUGUGCAACGGGUUCACUGUGGUCUACAUGGGCAAGUUCAAUGAGCGACGGUAUUUGGAGACUAUUCAGCGGUAUAAGCCCGGCUACUGCGCAGUGGUCCCCCCGAUCCUGGUGUUGCUGGCCAAGUCGCAGCUGCUGCAGGACUAUGACGUCAGCUCCGUGAGGAUGAUGUACACGGGAGCGGCCAGUGUGGACCUGGAGACUGUGAAGGAGGUGAAGAGAAGGUUCCCCAACCUCAUGGAGGUGUUCCAAGGCUACGGCAUGACGGAGUCGACCCUGGCCGUGGCUCGAGACACUGUGGACGGCGGCGUCAAGCCUGGCAGCGUCGGGACCAUGCCCGCUGGGUUUGUUGUUAAGGUGGUAGACCUAGAAACCCGUGAAGCGCUGGGACCCAACAAGCCUGGAGAAAUCUGCGUCAAAAGCCCCACAGUCAUGAAGGGUUAUAUCGGCAAAAACCGGACAGAAGCCUUCGAUGAUGAGGGGUUCUACAGGACCGGAGACAUCGGGUACUAUGAUGAGGAUGGGUUCUUCUUCAUCGUGGAUAGAUUGAAGGAGCUGAUCAAGUAUAAGGGAUACCAGGUCCCACCAGCACAGAUAGAAGCGGAGCUCCUGAAGCACGCAGCAGUCCGGGACGCGGCCGUGGUGGGGCGACCAGACAAGGCGGCUGGAGAGGUGCCCGUGGCCUUUGUGGUGCGCCAGCCAGGGUCGGAAGUCAGUGCGGAGGAGAUCCAGGAGUAUGUUGCGUCGAAGGUAUCAAACCCCAAACGUCUUCGAGGAGGAGUCAGAUUUGUGGACGAGAUCCCCAAGAACCCGAGCGGGAAGAUACUGCGCAGGAUCCUGAGAGACAGACUGAAGGCAGAGAAGAGCAAGUUGUAAGGGACUACGUUAGGCUGCGUUGCCAGUAGGCAAACUGUUUGCCACUGAGUUAGCGCGCAAUAGAAUGCCGAGUGUUGACAGUCUGCUAGUUUUGCGUUAAGCUGCGUACAGACCGGCCAAACGAACGCCAACGAACGGGUUUCGAUGACCUUCGUUGCUGCAAUCAGCCCUGUAUUAUGUAUAUGAUAAAUAUCCAUCGUUGGGCGUUCGUUAGGCGUUCGUU